AUGGUCCAGAUCAAAUAUAAUGCCCUGGUUGUGAUUCCGAUUGACUACGAUGGAGAGUGCCGGGAGCCAUCUGACAGGAAGAGGAAGACAUAUGAUCCCAAGAACGCCAAAGAUCCGUACAAGCCAUACACUGUUGACCUUCCGGAAUUCCUGCUCGAGCUAGGAGCGCCUCGCUGUCUUCGGGAUACGCGUGUUGGGCCUGCGAGUAAGAAGAGGCAGGCCGGCUCUGAUCCGGGGAGUCGCCAGCCCAAGAAGCAGAAGCCUACUGGCGCACGAGUCGCUCUGAACAGUAUACCCCAAGUUGCCAAUCGCCUGGUUCGGACGCCUGCUCUAUCGAGAGCCACCCAGAAAGUUGCUCCUAAACCCAAGAUGGCUCGCCCUCAAUGCAUUGUCCGCAACAGGGCGAUUGAGACCAUUGACUUGACAGAUGAGUGA